UUUUAUUUGACGUCGAAUCGCGAUCGCGAACAUUUUGUCGAAACUUAUCACAAUCUGAAUAAUUAUUAUUGUUUUAUGUUCGUCGAGGAAUUCAUUGUAAUUGUACUAUUUUGAUGUUAGUGAAAAUGUUGUGACAUUGUGAUGUAUCUGUUUAAUUAAGAAAUGGAGACAAAUUCAAGUCAAAAAGUAUCCUGUGUGGUGAACUAUACAUAUGAUGCAUCUGAAGCAGACGAGCUGACCAUAAGACCAGGUGAUGUCUUGAAGGAUAUAGAGCGGUUGCCUGGUGGCUGGUGGCGUGGUGAACUUAGAGGCAGGAGGGGCAUGUUCCCUGAUAAUUUUGUUACCGUACUACAAGAACAUGCAACUAAUAGGACUAACGCUGUGCAAGGGCGGUGCCGUGCCGUGUUCAGCUAUUUGCCUGCCAACCCUGACGAGUUACCGCUCUGUGUUGGUGACGUGCUUGAAGUACUUGGAGAGGUAGAAGAGGGGUGGUGGCAGGGCCGUCGUGCUGGUCGCGUAGGGGUAUUCCCCUCGAACUUCGUGGUAAUGCUUGACCCUCCCAACGCUACCCAACAACCAGCCCCCGCCGAACCCGCGCCCGCCCUUCCGCCCAAACCUGUAAAAGAACAAUGCCGAGUACUAUUUCCGUACACUGCCGUGAAUGAAGACGAGUUGACGUUAGCGGACGGUGAUAUCGUCACGAUCGUGUCAAAGGACGCGCCGGAUCGCGGCUGGUGGCGUGGCGAAGUUAAUGGCCGCGUUGGACUGUUCCCUGAUAACUUUGUGCAACUAUUGCCUGCUGUUGCACAAGAUGUCGAGGAGAAGAAGCCGGACCGGCCGCCGUCGAAGGGCUCCAAUUCAAUAUACCCAGUGCUCAAUAAAUACUCGGAGAAAAUAUCGUCAGUCAAAGAACUCACCACAACUAAGCUAAGCAUGCACAAAGAAAAUACGGUCAGUAAAGAGAGCAGCACACAAAGUACAGUCACGCACACAAGCAAAAGCGACUCGGAGAAGAUAAUACAUAGUGAAUCUGUCACCGACGGUCCGGAGGGACAGGUAAAGAAACCGCCAGUACCGGUGAAGAAAAGCCCGACCCCAACGUCUGCUGUAACAGGACUGUUUAGUGGACUUAAGAACAAAAUGUUGUCUUCUUCGGACAAGAGCGAAAAAACUUCAACUUCUAUAUCCAAUAGUAGCAACAGCAGCGUGGAAGGGGAUAAAACAGAUGGUGUGUCGUCAAGUAAAGUUGCUAAUACUAGCACAUUUGAUCAUGUUGAGAGGAAUUCCAUACUCAACGACCCGAGAGCUAGCAGAGUGAAAGCACCGCGACGCAGGCCACCCAGCCAAAUAAUGAGAGAUGAUUCGCCAGUCUCACUUGGUUUGACUAACGGACACGAAGCUUCUCCAGACAAGACCUUGGACAAAUCUUCAGAUAGAUCGUCGGAUAAAUCGUUAGAUAUAUCUUCGGAAAUAAAGCCGCGUGCGCGUGAGUGGGAGAAACAUAGAGCGCCUUGGAUGGCGGAAUUGAAAUUGAACCAAGCUAAAAAAGGUGGAUUAGGGGAUAGAAAACAGCAUACUAGCACAGAUAGAAUUGUUGACUGUGGUGUAGAAGAAAAGAGAUCGUCACACUCCAUGGAGAUGUCAAAGAGCACAUCGUCUAUUAGCAGUCGAAUAUCUGUCAUGGAGAGUUCUGAGUGUAGUUUCGAAAAAAUCAGAACCACGGAUAAGAAGGAAAGUCCGCCACCAGAUCUGCCGACAACAAAGCCGCCCCCUUUAACGUCACCCACCGCAGCUGGACGAACAUUAACUACGAUGCUUGAUGACAUCAAGAAACCUCCAACGCCAUCUCCGCCCUUGGCCUCCGCAAGGUUGGACCUGGACAAAUCGGUCGAUAAAUCUCUGGAUGGAUCGCUCGAUAGGUCUGACAAGUCCUUAGAUAAGUCGGACAAAGUGGAGUUGAGGGAAAAGUCGGAGUUGAAAACGGAGAGAUUGGAGACGAUCAGCAGGUUUUCCAGCGUUUUCAAUGAAGUUGAAGAGAAAGGGAUUAGUUUUAGUUCUAGUAUACUGAGUUCGAGCGGCAUCAGUCCCAACGCGGAGCGGACUAGCACUUUGGAAAGAAGACACACACGAACACAGGAUCAUGAAGGCAACGAUGCGUUGAUCGCUCAACUAAAUAGCAGGAUAUCGAACCUAGAGAAGCUAAUAGAAGUACAAAACGCCAAAUUCACGGCAGCCAUUGAGGAGCUCACAAACAAGCUAACUCUUGAAACGGAGAAGAGACAAACGCUUCAGACUGAAAUGGAGAAGUUGGCGCAGUGCGUCACCCAGGUCUAGUGUAGUUUUAAUUUGCACUUUAUUUCAACGGAGAAAGGCCGUUUUUCAUUCGCCAAUAUUUUAUAGCACAAAUUUGUUAAUUGCAUUUUGAGUCUAGUCCAAAGUCAACGAAAUGAAAUUUACCACCGUUUAGUUUAUUUGGGAAAAUGCAUUUAAUAUUACAGAUGGACGAACAAUAUCAAUUAUAAAAAGAUUUUAAUAUAAUAGUGAUUGAAUGUCUGAAGUUCGAUAUCGGAAAAUAUUUUUUUAUAAUUUUUUUCGCUCUCUUGUGCUCUGACUGAUCUUUGUAAUUCUUUUCGUCAAUUGUCAACGGUGUUUUAACAGUGUUAUAAAACGCAAAUUAAAUAUCAUGAUUUCUUCAAUAUAAAAAUGGUAACCAUAGCGACGAAUACGAAUACUUCGGUCCAUGGAGUCUUUCAUGAGCUCUUAUAGAGAAUCUACAACCGAACUUGCUUGUUCAUACCAUGACGUCGAAUAAACUAGCCAUCGUAAAGUGUAUUUUAUUUUAUUUAUUAAGUCUACAACAUCAUAUAUAUUACGAAAUUUACUGAUAAUUUUAUAAAAUCUUCUAUCUAAUAUGUAUGUCAUUAUAUGUAAAAUAAGUUUUGCAAAAAAUUUGAAUUAAAAAAAUGCAAUUAAAAACAUAUACAAGAUAAGACAAAUAUAUACAAAAUAAAAUAAAAUAACCGAGAAUUUUUGGUACUAAAGUUUAAUGUGAUUAGCAUUUAUCAGAUUUUGUUCAAUCAAUUGGUAUAAAAAAAUUGUAACAAGUGGCGCAGUCUAAUAGUAAAUUUUGACGUCAAUUUAAGACAAAUCUGUUAUGUAAUAAAUACUUUUUUACUAUUUUCAAUAGUUUAACUUAUUUAUAUCGAAUCCAAAUAUUAGUUUUAAACAUACAAAAUUCAUCAUCAUUUUUAUUAAAACUAGUUCAUAAUGAGAUAUAAGAAGAAGAGAUAUAAUAUAAGAAGGCGUCUUGCGUUCGGUGAAUGAAAAGAUAUCAAUUUUUGAAAAACAAAAUUAUGACCAAUACGUAUGCCGUUUCACGUCGUCAAAACUGUAAUUUUUCAGUACAAUUUUUAAUAUAUAAUUAAGUUUAAAUUUGAAUAUGAGUAGUGUUGACUUAGUGGCUUCAGCGUGCGACUCUCAUCCUUGAGGUCGUAGGUUCCACUCCCGACUGUACCAAUCUUUCUAUCUAUGUUGAACAUUCGCUCGAACGGUGAUAUAAAACAUUGUUAAAACACCGGCUUACACCCAAAAAUUCGACGGCGUCAGGCACAGCCUGAUCGACUUAACUAUUAGAUUUACAAAUGAUCCUGAAGCAGAUACAUAAAUCUGAGGCCUAGACCUCAAAAUGCUGUAGCGCCAAUUAUUGAUAUUGUAUUUUGAAUCGAACCUUAGACAUUUUACGAAACCUUUGGUCCUAACAAGUGCUAUUUGGAUUUUAAGUACAUUAAGCGUGCCAUUCGUGCUGUCGAGAACUGUACGUAAAAGUAAUAUUACUUUGAUAAAAGUAUUUUCAAAUUAUAUUUAAAUUUUAAGUUGUAGUUUUAAUCGCUUACAUAAGUUAUUUUGAAGCUUACGCGUAAUUAUAACGAUAACAUGAACGUACUUAAUAAAUCAAUAUAAAUGUUUAUAUAAUAUAUAGAUUAGAUUAUAGCUGAGUACCGGAGUGAUGUAAAAUGUACCCUAUCACAUUGUAAUAAGGACGACAAUGCUUAUAACCAUCAGGGCCUAAGUUUUCUUGGGUUGUGAUGUAACUGAAUUCGUCUGUAAACUUAAUAUAAUAUUGAUGUUCCAAUAAUCUGAAAGAUACAAUUCUCUAGUACUAGAGAGUAGGGAUAGGAUAUAGGUGAGAAUGUAGGUAGAUGGAAAUUUAAUAAGAUGAUAUACAUAUGCAUAAUAGUUUUAAUUUUCGAAUAUUGAGUGUGAUUUAAAGGCAAUUUAUAUACGUUCAGGAAAUUGUAAAUUCCAAUAACCGGAUUAUUAUGUAUAAGAUAGAAAACUGUGUACCUUUGUACUACAUAUCCAAUUUUCUUUGUAAAAUAUUUACAUUUUAAAUCGGAAGCUCAAAUUUUUGUUUGAUCACUUCUGAAUUGCAUAAUAUAUUGUAAUAAUUUUGUGAAAGAAAUUUGAAUGAAAUCGUCUUGGAUUGCAUUGAUUUUACAUUUUUGAUUACACGUAAAGUAAUGAAUUUUAUUUACGUUCUUGUAAUUCGAUAGGUUGUAAUGUUAGGUAUUGUGAUAAAUGUUGCCUAAAUAAUAUAGACACUUCCUAAGGCUUUAAUCGUGCACAAACGUUCCAAGCGUUCGCAUACUCGGCGUAUGGCGUAACGAUACUUUCGUCAAAUGUAUCGUUUAAACUUCACAGAUAUGUUAAUAUCAUAUACGUCAAUACAAUAAUGUCCAGGUCUGACAGUUCAAGGCGUCGAUUUAUUCAUGAAAUUUGUUGACACUGCACAAUUCUAUUCGCACGAAUUUCACGCUGUUUAAGUAUUGAAUAAAAAUCUAUAUAUUGACGUAUAUGAAUACUCAUUGAAUAUUUUUGCUAUGGAUACGAAACAGAGGCGCUUGUGUAUUUUGAAUCUUAACUUAUAACGUUAAAAAAUUUAACAAUUGAAAAUUUUAACAAGUUAAUCAGUUUAACUUUUCGUGUUUGCAAUUAGUUUUUAUUUAUCUUGGAAAUUGUACAACAUGUAAACAUAUUAUGCAGCGAGUGUAUUAAUAAUAGUUUUCAUAGCAAAAUUUCAUAUGCGUAUACGCUCGUACGUGCACGUACCGAAUGUGCGAACGCUCAUAAUUAUAGUAAUAUUUUUGUAGGUACAAAUUAUGUUUUGCAAAUUCUACAUGCUUGUUACAUUGCUCGAUAUAUACGCAGCUUAUGUAGUUUUAUUGGUACAAAGUUAUUUUUCUCAAACUGUCCAAACAAAGAACGGUACCUGAGCUGAAAACUGUACAUUGUGCUAUUUGCUUUAACUUUCCGUUUAGUUGCUAACUGAAUAUAUUAAUAAAUCGAUAUCAAUGAUCUAAGCUAUUUAUUCUGAACAAUAUAUUCUUUUUGUACAUUUUUAUAUUCUGUGAUUGGGCUAGAGAUGUGGACCAAUCAUAAUAAAAUGAAACGCCAUCCGUUUCCCUCUGCCUUUUAUAUUCUCAUAUAUUUGACACUAAUGGUUACCAGAUCUUAAAGGUAUCGAUUUAUUUUACUGUAAACACUGUUUCACUUAUUUCUAUUAAAUAUUAAGACAAAUACCUUUAUAGUCUUUUAGCUAAAGAAUGAACAGGAACGAGUGAAACAUUAUUUCAGAUGGGUCAAGUGUUGGCAGAUAAUUGCAGUUGCUAUUUUGAACAUAUAUAUAUAUAACAACGAUAAUAAGUACAAUUCUUAAAGUGAAUGUGACAAUCCAGAAUAUUCAAGACCAGUCGGUUUACAGACGAUAGUUUAACGUGACAACGUCGUAACAAAACAUUGAUGAAAUCAUUGCAUAAAUAAUACUGUUGGCUUAGGGUUAAGAAAUUCUGGGACGGGAAUCUUAAAUCAUAUAAAAUGACAUACUGUUAUGUAAUAAGAUUCAAAACUGUUAUCCCUAUAGCAACUGCCAGUACUAGCCAACGGUUAAACCUGGUCCUUAUUUUGUAACUAUGAUCUAACCAAAUUAAUGUUUUAAUACAAUGUCCUGCAUUAAUUAGAUAAUCCCAAAUGUAUAUAGGCUUCGCAGGUUUAUUUGAUAAACCUAGUGUAAGGUGACUUUUUAAUAUUUUAGUACUUACUUCGUGCAUUCCAGAUGUUUUUAUUACGGUACUGUAUUCAUUGAAUAAUUACAUUUAUGAUAUUA